AUGCGGUAUGCAGCAAUUAAUAAGUCUCCACUUUCACAGCGGCAACGCUGCGUGGGCUCAUGGCUGGUUCCGAGCAAAAAGGCUAGGGUCCUAACGCGGCGAGCGCUGCACGUUAAGGCAAUCGGGUUCGAUUUCGGAGACGAGGACAGCAGUACGUCUAGAGCAGGGCCCACCAAGCGCAGCAGCAAGAUCAACAGCCUGGGCACGUUAGCAUCCUCGCUUCUUGUGUACGGCCAUGUAGUGAAGGGAGCAGUCGGGGAGGCCUAUCUUCAGGCGCUAGCCAUCACUCAGAAGUAUCAGGCGAGCAACAAGGAGGUCCUAGCGGCAUAUGCGCGCUUCUACAACCUGCUGCUGGCUUCCGGGUACGACACCUGGCAGGACUACGUAUUAGACCAGAUUCUGUUGGGACGAGACAACGCCUUUGCGAGGGCAGCUGCUCAGGGCGCCUUGGACGAUGACGCGCCCGUACUGCGUGCCGUGGCGUACGACUUGGAUGUACUGCAGGAGCUGGCGCUGCCGCUGCCGCAGGUGGCGGAGCUGAUCGCGGAUGCCGCCCCCAUUGGGGGUCCCUACUGGCUUGAAGCAGCUGCCUCGGUGUCCGUGAAGAGCAAGAAGAAAGCCGCCGCCGCCGCGGCGGCGGCGCCCGUCGCCGCCAUCGACCCGCAUUCCCGGACGCCGUACAUCUGCCGGCCGCCCACGGAGGCGGAGUUGGCUGCGUGGAAGGCCGCCAUCAGCGGCAAGGAGUCCUGGGGGGAGGCCGUACAUUUGGUACGGCAGUACUACCACCUACAUGGAUUUGGUAUCACCUCGCGCAAUUCCACUCUGAGGUGGACCAAGGGCGCUUUUGAGGAGGGUGUCGACAGUAACACCACCACCACCACCAUCACCACCACUACCAACAACAGCAGCAGCAGCAGCUCCUCCUCCCACUCCUCCCCUCCCCCCCCGCCAACUUUCCUGCCUUCCCUGGAGUCCCUGCGGGCCGCUCUAGACGCCAACACUGUACGACACUGCGAGGGUGCUGGUGUUGGUGUUGGCGGCUCCUCCGCCGCGCACCACGUGCUAGUGGUGGGGCCUACCGGCUCGGGAAAGAGCGCCUUGCUAUGGGAUUAUACGUUGGCGGCUGGUCGGGACAAGGGUCUUCGGUUGGUGGACGUUUCCGGAGCCGAGCUGGGGAACAUUCUGGAAGCAGCCCGGGGCUGUGGCCGCUACCCGCGACUGCGGUUCGUGCUGGUGGCGGAUCACGUGGAGUUGCCCGUACGGGGCGGUACGGCAGCGGCGGCGGAUCUUAUGAGUGGGUUGGCGGGCUCGGGUCCCAGCGGUUGGCCGAGCAAUACAUUGCUGUACAUGGGCGCCAGCAGUACAUCCACAAUUUCGUACGAUCCGCUGGUGAGCCGUUUCGGGCUCAUUUUAUCGACAAAGGAGCUGUCGGAGCCGGAGUUCGGGGAGACGCUUCGGCAAGUGGCAGGGGAGGAUGCGGCCAAGCUCAGCGACGAGGACGUGACUUAUGCGGCAGAUUGGGCGCGUAUAUGUUGCCCGCGAUUUCGCUCUCGCGAUGCUGAUGGCAAGAACGAGCCGCUUUUGGCACAGCGCGAAGGCCAUCCGUCUGAUGCCCCUGUCGUCCAAGAACCGCCAUCUCCACGCCGAGGUGGCUCUGCACUUGAAAAUAGUACUUCUCCUAUAGUUACGAAUGGGACCUUGCCGGAGGAGGAGGCCACCCUGCCGGCGCAUGCAGCCAUUGUUGAGCCUGUAAUCGCCGGCCCGAGCGAAAUCGCCAGAAAAUCUAUUCCAGACUUACUCACAGGUUCCCCUGUGCCUAGCAUGGAAGCCCUUGCUGCGAUAGACAUCACCACAGAUCGCACAGCCGCGAUGGCAACGGAAACGGUUGAAGCGAUGGUGGCUGCGGUUGCGGCGGCGGUUGAGGUGCCUGUACCCGCCUCUGGAGCAGAGCCUGUCAUUAUCGCCGCUGCUGCCCCUGCCACCCCUGUGCAAGUCCCGUACAAUGUCGCCGCCGCCACCCCCACCGUCGCUGUCCCGCCAUCUAGCGGCAUGCUACUGCCACAUAUGCUGGUGAUUGGCUGCACCAGCGGCGGCAUCGCCAGCGUCGAUGAUGGUGCGGCACCUGAACGACCCGCAUCGCCGCCGUUACAUCCGGGGCCGCCGCGUCGCAGCACCUCGCCGCAACAUCCAGCGCUUUUCGUCAAAACCCAAGAGGCCGCCUCAGGCCCCGCCGACGCCGUCGCCGACGCCUCGCCGGAGGCUGCGGCGGCGGCGGUGGCGAUACCCGUGGCACUUCCCAAAAUGCCUGACCUUGCUGCAGCUGCCGUACCUGCUACAGACGUCAGGGGUCUGAGCCAGGAAGCGUUAGAAAGGGCCGGAACGUCUGAGGCGGUGGCGGCGAAGGCGAUGGUGACGGAUGUGGCGGAGGUGACGGAGCUGACAGUGUUGACGGAGGCGACGGAGCUAGCAGAGGUGGCGAUGGCGGCGGAGUCAACAGUGCCGUCGGUGGUGACGGAACCGGCGGAGGUGACGGUGCCGGCGCAAGUUGCGGAGGUGAUGGAGACUGUGGAGACGACAGAGCCGGCGGAGGCGAUGGAGCCGGCGGACGCGACGGAGACGGCGGAGGUGACGGAGCCGGCGGAGGUGACGGAGCCGGCGGAGGUGACGGAGCCGGCGGAGGUGACGGAGCCGGCGGAGGUGGCGGAAGUGACAGAGCCGGCGGAGGUGGCGGAGGUGACGGAGCCGGCGGAGCCGGCGGAGGCGACGGAGCCGGCGGAGGUGACGGAGGCGGCAGAGCCGGCGGAGGCGACGGAGCAGGUGGAGGUGACGGAGCCGGCGGUGGAGGUGACGGAGGCGACGGAGCCGGCGGCGACGGAGGCGACGGAGCCGGCGGUGACGGAGGCGACGGAGGCGACGGAGCAGGUGCAGGUAACGGAGGCGACGGAGCCGACGGAGGUGACAGAGAUGCUUGAGACGACGAAGCCGGCGGUGGCGACGGAGCCGGCGCAGGCGAUGGAGCCGGCGGAGGUGGUGGAGCCGGCGCAGGCGGCUGAGGUGGCGGAGGUGAAGGAGCUGGCGGAAGUCACGGAGCCGGAGGAGACGGCGGUGGCGACGGCGGCGGCAGAGGUGAUGGAGUCGGCAGCGGCGACGGAGCCGGCGGAAGUGACGGAGACGGCGGAAGUGACGGAGCCGGCGGAGGUGACGGAGCCGGCGGAAGUGACGGAGCCGGCGGAGGUGACGGAGCCGGCGGAGGUGACGGAGCCGGCGGAGGUGACGGAGACGGCGGAGGUGACGGAGCCGGCGGAGGUGACGGAGCCGGCGGAGGUGACGGAGCCGGCGGAGGUGACGGAGCCGGCGGAGGUGGCGGAAGUGACAGAGCCGGCGGAGGUGGCGGAGGUGACGGAGCCGGCGGAGGUGGCGGAGGUGACGGAGCCGGCGGAGGCGACGGAGCCGGCGGAGGUGGUGGAGGUGACGGAGCCGGCGGAGGUGACGGAGGCGACGGAGGUGACGGAGCCGGCAGCGGCGACGGAGCCGGCAGCGGCGACGGAGCCGGCAGCGACGACGGAGUCGGCGGAGGUGACGGAGCCGGCAGCGACGACGGAGUCGGCGGAGGUGACGGAGCCGGCAGCGACGACGGAGUCGGCGGAGGUGACGGAGGCGACAGAGCCGGCGGAGGCGACGGAGCCGGCGGAGACGGCGGAGGCGACGGAGCCGGCGGAGGUGACGGAGACGGCGGAGGCGACGGAGACGGCGGAGGCGACGGAGCCGGCGGAGGUGACGGAGCCGGCAGUUGUCGUGGUGGCGGAGGAGCCGGAGGUGGCGGGAGCUCUUGAAGCGGCGGUCAUUAAGGACAGCGCGCCAAUGUCGCCCGUGACGCCGCCGGUGCUGGCAAUCGUCACGGAGCCGUCGCCCACUUCCGAAGGGACGGAGCUGGCGGAAACUGCCGCGGAGAAGGUGGUUGGCGCGGUUGAGGUGGUGCCGCCGGCUACGCCGGCGGCAGAGCGUGCCGCGGCCGCGGCGGAGGAGGAAGGCGUGGAGGAGGAAGGGGAUGACGAGCAGCUGAUGGCGGCGUCAUCGGGCCCUUCUAGCAGCGCCGCGACGGCGACGACGACGCCGGGCGGAUCGAAGCGAAGGAAGAGCCGCGGCGGCAAGAACAAGAAAAAAAAGUAA